AUGGCAGUUGGUGAAGGAGGUUCAUACGAAGAAAUAAACGUGACAGUUUCCGGGGAAAAUGUAGAUAUAAUAAGUGAUAUGGAACGAAGAAUUUUCAAACUAACAGAGGAAAGGUUGAAGGAUGCUGUCAGUGUUCAGUUCGGUCAACCGCCUGACGACGUAUUCCUUAAGAGUCCAACACCUUGGGGUGAUUUAUAUACAGAAUACGGUUGGAAGGAAGUUACGAUUACUGCUAAACCCAUAUCUAGCGUUGUAGUUUCGAAGGAGUUCAGAAAUCAAACUGUGGUCAAACAAAAGUACAUAAAUAAUACAUCAAGAAACGUGGUCCUUAACUACAAAAACAAGUUCAUGGGUCAUCAUUUCUGGGCGGUUGAAGUUGCUGACGUACUAUCUAUAAUUGGAGCGAGACAACAAAAGAAGAACGGGAUAACAAAAGAAGUUAUAGAAAUGGAGUUCUACACGAGAACUAAACAAAAGUUAAAAGUAAAUCAAUUGUGA